CCGAGUUCUACUUGACAUCGACCUUAUCACAUACUUACCUAGACAAUCCUCAAGCGUAAGACAGAUCUCUGAAUUUGUUGCAUCAUUUUUGGAAAGAAGCUCCCUUGCAAGCCUGUAUCUCAGAAUCAUGUCUGGAGCAAACAACAAUAUCGUCUUGUACCACUACUCAUUUUCUCCAUAUGCCAGAAGGAUCAUAUGGUAUUUGGCUUUGAGAGGGAUCGAUUAUGCCGAAUGCAAACAAGCCCCAACCCUUCCACGGCCAGAUAUCAAAGCAUUGGGGGUUAAUUACCGGAGAAUCCCUAUCUUAGCAAUUGGGCGGGACAUCUAUUGUGACACGAGGAUCAUUCUCCGCAAGCUAGAGCAAUUCUUUCCCGACCAGGCCCUCGGCUCGACCGAUGUUGAGCAGCAGGCCAUACAGAAAUUCCUCGAAAUAUGGACAAUCGAAGCAGGUCUGUUUAACCGAGCGUCUCAGUUGAUUCCGAGCGACAUGCCGCUACUCAAGGAUCCCAAAUUCGUCAAGGACCGAGAAGAUCUCACGAGCCGACCGUGGAGCAAAGAGGGGAUUGACAAGAAUCGACCAGAAGCCCUCGCGGUCGUUAGAUCCGCGUUCAAUUUGUUGGAAAGCACCUUACUCGCCGAUGGUCGGGAUUGGGUGCUCAAGACUCAAAAGCCAACAUUGGCGGAUAUUGAAGCGGUGUGGAUUUUUGAUUGGCUCAACGGUCUCAAGGGAGCACUUCCCCGAGAGCUCGUGUCUGAGAAGCAGUAUCCUAAAGUAUUUGCGUGGAUCAAGAGAUUCAACUCCGUGCUACGCGAUGCAAAGGCUCAAGCACCCAAGCCAGCUUCCCUCAAAGGCGACGUUGCAGCCCAACGCAUCCUCGGCUCGGAUUUCAAGGAGGAUCAUCCCAGUGUCGAUCAGACUGACCCUCUUGGGUUGAAGCAGGGAACAGAGGUUGAGGUUUAUCCAACAGACUCGGGCACUCGGCAUCACGACCAAGGAAAGCUGGUGGGUCUCAGCGAAGAUGAGAUCGUGUUGAGCAUUCAGUCUCAGGGAUCGGAGCUUCAUCUGCAUUACCCCCGAAGCGGCUUCCGUAUCGAAGCAAUCCCUGCUGGUGGAAAGGCUCGACUGUGAGUUGGGACAAAGAUGGGGAGAGCCACAGUAAAAAGACAAAAGGAGGUGGUGGGAGCCGUCCUACCACGCCUACCUAGCUACAAAUCACGACUCAAUGGCCACCAGGUCCA